GUCUGCUGACUUCGGUGACAACCUGCUGACCAGGCCUGCACAACCCGCGGUUGUACGAAUACCUCCACCUGUUUUGCCCAGACCAUCCCAGCAAACGAGGAGCAGUAAUCUGAGCACUUUCAGGCCAGCAUAUACUAGUUCUUUUUCUCCAGCCUAUGGUUCAUAUGGAACCUCUUUUUAUGGAGGCUAUAGCCCUUACAGCUACGGCUACGGCAGUCUGGGUUACAACCGCUUUCGUACAGAUGACAUUCCUCCCAGCAGGUUUGUGCAGCAGGCUGAGGAGAGCAGCAGGGGUGCCUUCCAGUCCAUCGAAAGCAUCGUGCAUGCCUUUGCCUCCGUCAGCAUGAUGAUGGAUGCCACCUUCUCAGCCGUGUACAACAGUUUCAGAGCUGUGUUGGAUGUAGCCAAUCACUUCUCCCGCCUCAAAGUGCACUUCACAAAGGUGUUCUCAGCUUUUGCUUUGGUGAGAACUAUAAGGUAUCUCUACCAACGUCUGCAACGAUUACUAGGGCUGAGGAAGAGCUCGGAGAAUGAGGAUUUGUGGGCUGAAAGUGAGGGGACAGUGGCUCGCAUCGGCCUCGACGACAGGGCGGCUACCUCUGCGAAAUCCUGGCCCAUUUUCCUCUUCUUUGCUGUUAUCUUGGGAGGUCCCUACCUGAUUUGGAAACUGCUUUCUACGUACAGUAAUGAAGAAACAGUAUCUAGUAACUGGGCGAGUGGAGAAGAUGACCACGUGGUUGGAAGAGCAGAAUAUGAUUUCAGUGCUCUCUCAGAAGAAGAAAUUUCUUUCCGUGCUGGUGACAUGCUAAAAUUGGCACCCAAAGAGCAACAACCCAAAAUCCGUGGUUGGCUUUUGGCUAGUUAUGAUGGCCAAACAACAGGACUUGUGCCAGCUAAUUACAUCAAAAUCCUGGGCAAAAAAAAAGGUAGAAGAACAGUGGAUCUGCAAAGGAUUAGAGAGCACCGGCCAGCCCGUACCAGCAAAUCUGUUGGAGGAUCUGCUGCUACUGUGACUUUAGAGGAGCAGGAAGCUGCUUUUGAGUCUGCUUUUGCUGAAAGUAAUAAAGUUCCUGUGGUGCCCAACUCUACUGUGGUUAGUGGAGAGAAACAGGAACUCUAAUAAUGCAAUUUCAUCAACAAAGCAACUGGACUGUGCUUUAUUGAUAAAAUAUAGGGUUUGUUGAAAAUCUCUGUUGUAGUGGAACACUGAUGGGUCUAUACCA